GACUCCACAUGGUACAGCUCUCAGAGGAGGGGAUGGAUAAUAAGAGUGUGGAGUUGAACUAAUGCCAUUGCACUGACUCAUCCAGGGAGAGCAAAGGAGCUCAGAGAACAAGAUACCAGAGAGACUCUCAGACAGAAAGGGGGGCAGGCGACAAGGGGGGAGAAGAGAGAGACUCACACGGGAGCAGAGACGGGCAGAGGCAGCAAGUGUAAAGAUCAACAAUUCAGGGAGUUUAAAAAGAAAUCAAGAGGUUAAAGUCCUGGACUGAGUCAUCCAGUCCAGUGAGAGCAGGGAACUGGCACUUUUAUAAAGGAUUUAAUUAAAUAGGAGGCAAAGAGCCUCUUGAUUGAAAACUACAGAGCCAGAUAAGCGUUGAAACCAGAACAAAUAUUCACAGGAAGUCUGAAGGAGGGCAAUAGAGACGCGCGUUUUAAGUGUGUGUGUUUAGGUCUCUUUUUCCUCCCCUUUCUCUUCGGAGCAAAUGUAACAGAUUUUAAGACAGAAAGAAACUCUAAAUCAAAGAGAGACGUCUCAUUUACACUUCUUUUUGCGGCAAAUUUUAAAUCCACAUUUUUUUCUGAGUGCACCAAAGACCUCUGGGACUAGAGAGAGUGGCUCUAUUUUGUGAGGUGGUGAAUAUUAUUUCCCCCCCAGUCUUGAGUGGAGGAAAAAGUUGAGGAAAGGGCUUUAUUCUUAACUCUUUAUUUAAAAAAAAAAACACAUCUUUACGGAGUGCAGUUGGAAGGCUGAAAAUAAAAAUCAGGCGAGAGAGGCGGAGAAAUAGAGCGUGUGUGUGAAGGAAAAAAACAUUGUGUUUCUCUCCGGCUUCUACCUCGGAUCAUGUACCAGGACUAUCCCGGGAACUUUGAUACCUCCUCCAGGGGCAGCAGCGGCUCUCCAGGACACCCAGAGACUUACUCCAGCGGCACAGCACAACAGAAAUUCCGGAUAGAUAUGCCAGGAUCAGGCAGUGCUUUUAUCCCCACCAUUAAUGCCAUAACAACCAGCCAAGACCUGCAGUGGAUGGUCCAGCCCACCGUGAUCACCUCCAUGUCGAGUCCCUACUCUCGCUCACAUCCCUACAGCCAUCCUCUGCCCGGCCUGUCUUCAGUUGGUGGACAUACAGCCCUUCAGAGACCUGGUGUCAUUAAAACUAUUGGGACCACAGUGGGCAGGAGGAGAAGAGAUGAGCAGCUGUCACCUGAGGAAGAGGAGAAGCGAAGGAUCCGGAGAGAGAGGAACAAGCUGGCAGCUGCUAAGUGUCGUAACAGGCGUCGAGAGCUAACAGAGAAACUCCAAGCGGAAACGGAGGAGCUGGAGGAAGAGAAAUCAGUGCUGCAGAAGGAGAUCGCUGAACUCCAGAAAGAGAAGGAUAAGCUGGAGUUCAUGCUGGUGGCUCAUGGCCCUGUGUGCAAAAUCAGCCCCGAGGAGCGUCGCACCCCACCAUCUCACAGCCUCCAGACAGUCCGGACUGGAGUGAGUGGAGCAGUGGUGGUGAAGCAGGAGCCGGUGGAAGAAGAGAUCCCAUCCUCCUCUUUGGGCCUCGACAAAGCUCAGAGAUCUGUCAUUAAGCCCAUCAGCAUUGCAGGGGGGUUUUAUGGGGAAGAGCCACUCAACACUCCCAUUGUGGUGACCUCGACGCCUGCCAUCACCCCUGGCACCUCCAACCUGGUCUUCACGUACCCCAGCGUGCUGGAUCAGGAGUCUCCUCUCUCCCCUUCGGAGUCGUGCUCCAAAGCUCACCGGAGAAGUAGCAGCAGCGGUGACCAGUCCUCAGAUUCCUUGAACUCUCCAACCCUGUUGGCCUUGUAACCCCCCUGUGUCCCUCAUUUGCCAGUGCGUUACAUCGCCACCCAGCACUGUGGGGGGGGAAACCUCCUCCACAAGAUUAAAGACAGGCACAAGGGCGUUCAAGCACAAGGGCAGCAAGAGCAAAAGAAGGGGAAAUGUGGCUCCAGGAGCCUCCUGGAGCAGGAAGAACAAGAACAAAUGUAAACUCCAUGGAAGCAGAAAUGGUGAUGGUGGAAAUGACACACCCAGUCCAUCUGGAGAAGGGAAGCUCCCCUCUGGAGGAGCUGCCUAUGGAAACCCCUUCGUGUGUUUAAUGGACUUGGGAAACACACUUGGCCAGGACUGGAGGCGAGCUGUAGAAAAUCACUAGUCACCCCUUACCUUUGUGAACUGAUCUGAUUAGUUACUCUCUGUGCUUAGUUCAUUUUGGUUCGUUGAUCUCUCUCUCUGUUACUGAUCCCAUGACAUUUCAUCCAGUUGAUAUCCACUCUAAAGGCUUGUUAUGAUGUCGGGAGGAGCUGUGGGAAAUUCUUGCUGUUGUCAAGAUGGGAAGUGUUGGGAGGGGUCACAAAUGCUUGGUCACAGGGGUGGCGCUUGUAAGUCAAUAGCCCACAAGCUCAAUGGCAAGGAUGCCAUGAACUGAGGGGAAUAUUUGUUUGGAGGAGUUGGAGGGUGUGAGAUGGAUAUUUUCUCUUCCCCCUCCCCCCUGCUGCAAAGGCCAGGUUAACAGAAUGUCUAGUAAUGGGACCUGGAGUGGUGCCCUGGUAGCUGAUAGGAUACCAGAGUCCGUUUCCACUAGCCGGUGUCUUUGGCAGCAUUUCUCCUGUAAUUAGUGUUUGUCGAAUCUGCUGCUGGACCCUUUGUUUCCUUCACCCUGGCUACCUGCCACCUUGGGCGCAAUGCAUCCUGCUCCUCCUCCUCAGAGUGCCUGACUCAGAUGCUGAUUCCACUCCAUGGGCAAACCCUUCUUCCUCAGCCCGUAUUUCCAGAACAUAUCACUGACGAGGAAGUGACAUUCCAGUGCAUCCAGGAAAGAGAUUUACUAAGAACGAAAGGGUGAAGUUGCCUGGAUGUUCUCUUGUCACCCAGGCAACAAUGCAGUUUGCAUCUCUGCUGUCUUUCCUUCUCUGUAUCAUUGCACCUUGAUUCCUAGCCCCUGUUGUAUUUUGCUACUUGCUGGGUUGGGGGAUUUUUAAUUCUGGUAUUCAAGACAAGCAGAGCCUCUGCCCCUAACAGUGAGUCCUCUGUCUUCUCCUACACAGGGUCUCAGCUGACAGUGCAGAGUGCACACAAUGGGCAUGGCCAUUUAAAAUUAAUGUUCGCCACUGAAAAUAGUGAUAUGCUUAACCUCAACUCCUCUGGAGCCAAGUCCAACUCCUACUGAAGUCGAUGGCACUUGCACGCCGUGCUCAGGUGCACCAUUGGUUUUUCCAAGAUUGAGUGCAUGGAUGUUGGGUCAGGCUCCUGGUGUAGUAGCCGAGAGUUGAUUUCAGUGCAUUCAAAGAGUAUCUCCAUUAGUCUAAGCUCGUUGAAGCUGCUGUGUCAGCAUAUCUAAUUGGGUGUGGUAUAAUCUUUGGUUUAUCAAGUGAAAUCUGGGUAUGCUCUGAAUUAGGCUGGACUGUGGAGAAAUCUUUGGUGCAAUGUUCUAUUUUAGGGCCCAAUCCUGUGAGAUGUUGAGCACCCUCGGGUCCUACUGCCUCUAUUGGGAUUUAACAGUACUCAGCACCUCAGAGGUUUGGGCUUUUACGUAGCAAUCAUGGAUUCUAUCAGACCCUCACUGUUAUAUCAGUUUUAAAGGGAUACUGUCUGAAUAUAGGUUUUCUUUAAAACCAAACCAAACCCACAUAUUUACAAAACUUGCCAGGAACAGAAAUGUUUUAGUGACUUGUUCAUGAAACUGAAAUUCAUUGAUUCUGUUUUUUCUUAAUUAUUUGACCAUUCCUUACUUUAUGCUAGUGCCAGAGACUCAAAACUGAUUAUAGACCAAAAGUAAAACUAACCAGUUAGUUUCAUUGUCCUUAGUUGAAGUGCAAAACUUAACUGAUUAAUGGAAAUAAAGGUAAAUGAUUUUAAACAUUUUUCAAUAAGUAGCCCAGAGAAGAUUCUGUUUUUAAUAAUUUUUUUAGCUAGAAAGUGUCACUUCAAGAUAAACUCUGGUUUCUGUCCUUUUUUGUUUGUUUGUUUGUUUUCUUCUCAGUUUACAAGAUGUUCAUUUAGGCUGAUCUAAAUCACAAAUCUGGGGUCACUCAGUAACAUUUCUCCUAUGUUUCAUUUCCACUCAUGCAGGGCAGAAGAUAUUAACAAGCCGUGAUUCCUAAACGCAUGUAAUUUCUCCCUGGGCCAGUUGACCUGACCCACUGUUCUGCAGGGACCUCCCUAGAAUUAAUUCAUGAUUAGCAUACCCAUUAAGAAGAACUGAGUAGGUACCUGUUUUCCCAUCUUUCUGAGGAUUACAAAACUGGUAGCGUGUGAGCAAAAGGCUCUUCUAAAGUCUCCUUAGUACCAAACUGAAUCUGUGGUGUCUUGAAAAAUAACUUGUCCCAUCUUCUAAUGUGACUUCAGGUGAUGCUCACAAUCCCAUCAGCUAUCUAUUUGAUUUGGGAUCAGACAAUCCUUUUCAUUACUGUGGAGGGGUGGUGAGAAAUCUGUCCAAGAGUGGAAGACCUGGCCAGCUUUUUUGAGCAAUCAGGGUAGCAAAAUAGAAUGUUUCUGAAAGAAAUUUUCAAGUGUCCUUUCCCCUGCCUAUAAAACCCUCUUUUGCCAGCCAUCAAGAGUUAGUCCCAGAAAUGAGAAAUUAUCUUUUUUCACAUCUGGAUUGCUUUCUAUAAGAUGUCUCAAGUUUUUUUCCCCCCCUCCAGAUAUCACAUCCUCUUCUGCUUAAUUGGGCAAGUUUGGGCCCAAACUUAAUUGGGCCUUCCUCUGCAGCAUGUGGCCUGGGUCACUUGCAGGUUUAAGCUAGUGUAAAUGGGGGGUUCUCUGUAACUUGAAGUCUUUACACCGCGAUUUGAGACUUGAGUAACUCAGCCAGAGGUUAGGGGUCUAUUACAGGAGUGGGCACGUGAGAUUCUGUGGCCUGAAAUGUGCCGGAGGUCAGAUUAGAUGAUCAUGAUGGUCCCUUCGGACCUCAAAGUCUGAGUAUUGGCCUGUGUCUGUCUCUCCUCCAAGCCAUAGAAUCCCACUCCUCAUCUCUGUGACAUGGGCAUACAUCCAAGGGAGAACCAGGCUCCUCUUUAGGCCUAGUUCAUUGAGAUGUUACUCAAAGGAGCCCCAGCCUCCUCCCUGGUGCUCACCUUCCUCCUGCCCUCACUGUUCCCCUGGUUUUGAUCUUUCAGUGAGCACUUCAGAGCUGAGCCUGAGGUGACCCCUUAGGCCGUGCGUUUGUGACCGUUAGAAGCAGAGGAACCCUUUUCUAAUAUCUGAAAAUACCUUGGACAACUUGUCAGUUGUGCCCGUUUUUAUAGUUGUGUAUCUUAUAAAUUAAAACAAACAGAAAACAAGAGGGGAAAAUCCAGAAGCUCUGCAGCCUUUUCCAUCUGCUUGCUUUGCACCCCUCCUUCAGAAACCCUUCAGGGAAUCCCAGGUUAAGAACCUCUGUUGUUAGGCCACAGGGCUUGUGCAUUCCACUUGAGUGGAGGCUUCUCAGGGCAGGUAAUCUUGGCUUUGCUUACUCUGUUGCAAAUCAGACACUGCAUGACCUCUCUGCUGAUGUGAGCUGGCUCUGGAUUCAUCUUUUACCGUUUCAUCUGUCCUCUUUCAGAUAAUGACAUGCUCCACCAUUUUGCAACCAGGAAUCUCCAUGCAUACCUGUGUCAUGGUGCUUUCUAAAUGUGCAGUGUCUUCAAAUGUUCUCUUUGUGGCUGGGGACAUAUUGCAACUAGAGUCUGAUCCAAAGGCUAUGUAAAUCCAUGGGCAUCUUUCCACUGACUUCAACAGGCUUUGGACCAGUCCUCCAGUGUCUGGCCCCAGCUCAGUACAGCACUUGAGCACAUGUUUAAAGUGUGCAUGCAUCUGACGAAGUAGGUAUUCACCCACGAAAGCUUAUGCUCCAAUAUGUAUGUUAGUCUAUAAGGUGCCACAGGACUCUUUGUCAUGUUUAAAGUAAAUCACUCCUGAAUUGGAGGAGCAGCAGCAAAGGAAACAUAAAUCAAAGGCAACAUUCUUUCAACCUCCACAUGCUUUUUCUCAUGCUGAUUUCACCCCCACUUCCCACCCCUCCCAGUUCUGGCAUGGCCCCUAUCUAUUCCUUCCUCUUUGGUGAGGGGGCUGACUAAGUCUGAAAGCUGAGUGAUAGGCCUGGGACCAACCUGCUGGGGGUCAAUAGUUUGGGUUGUUGUUUUUUUUUUAAUAUUAUUUAAAUGAUCUAUUACAUUCAUCUGAACUCUUCAUUUUGCUGCUUUCUGUAUGUAUGAUCCACCUGGCCUUCAUCCUAAAAAAGCCUAGUAUCUCAUUAUUUAUUGGCAGGCAAACAUUUUGUGUCUGCUCCAACAGAUCUGCCCACCAUUAAUUUAACAUCCUCCCAACUCAUGUUCCUGUUUUGGUUUGGUUUUUUCCAACUCUAAAGCAGAAUUCUGAAAUGUUUUAAAAUAAUAAUUUCCACAGUGACCAUUACAAGAUCAUUCUCGUCAGAAAGGCCAGAUCAAAUGCUUUAAGAAAGGAGGGAACAAUUUACAUUUUAUUUCUUAUUUAUUUGUCAUGUUUACAUCUCUUUCUCUGUUCCAGACCUGGAUAUAAUAAUGAGAGCAUUAAAAAUACUUCAUUUGUCUGGUUUUGCUGGUUAAUAAUGCUUUUUUCUUUACUUAAAAAGAAAAAAACAAGAUUCCCGAAUUAUUUUUUUCUUGUCUGUAUAAAAUGUAUAAAGAGAUAUUUGUUUCUAAAGAUGCAUUAUCACUCCUUUGUGAACAGUAGCUGGAGCUGGGGACAAAUCUCAGAGUACAAGAUGAUAAUAAAAAAAUCCUAUCCUGUUCUACUUAAUUGUUCUCACCGUAUGAUUAAAGGGUUAUUCCACUUUCUUGUUUGUGGUUACUUGAUAUUAAAAAUGUGUAGAAACUAGGUAUCUGAUUGUUUUUGCUCAAUGAGAGGAUAAAAUGUUGUGUAUAUAUUUAGAUAUACUGUGUAGUUCAAAGUAACAUCAAUAAGGGAUAGUGCAUCUUUAUUAGAGCAAUAAGUUACUAGUGUCAACUGAAGUCUACUUUAAGAUCCUUGAAGAAAACGGCCUGAUUCUGAUUCCAUUUGCAUGUGUGUACAUCAGGAGUAACUCCUCUGAAAAGGGAAUAAGUGGAGUUACACUGGUAUAAAACUGUUGAGAGAAAUUGGAAUCAGGCCCCCAAGAUCAUCCAAAUCUGUGGAGAUCUAUGUAUGUUUGGGGCACCAUUAUCUCUCCCCCUCCCUCCACCCAAAAAAUUUAGAUAAUGAUUUUUUUUUUCUUUUUGUCUGGGGUGUAAUGAUUCCUAUCAAGAAGGUUUUUAAAGGCGACUGCUAAAUUGGGACUCUUUGCUCAUUUUGAUCUUUGUAUAGUUAUUGCGAUCAUGGAAAAUCUUGGCUCUGAAGCAAUCUCUCUGGUGUUGUCUCUUUUCUGUUGUUAUUUUACUGUAAUACAGGCCUACAGUAUUUGCACUAAAACAAAAAGCUUGUUAGAGAAAGCUUGCUGCUAUGAAAGAAAGAACAUAUUAAAACAGUUUUGCUUUUACAAUUUUAA